AUGUAUGAAUGUCUCUAUGGCUUCACCCCUUUUGCUUGUGAAGAUCGCCAUCAAACCAAGCUCAAGAUUCUGCAGCACAAGAAGACUUUGGCAUUUCCGGAGUCCGAGGUCAACCCGGUACCAAGCAUCGAGGCCAUGGACUUGAUGAUGCAACUUCUUGUUGAGAAGGAAAAGCGUCUUUGUAGUCGUCAAUAUGAGCUGAACGAUUUCACCCGGAAGAUUGUUCGAGGCCGGGUCGUGCGAUGUGUUGCCGACAAGACGCAUCAGAACUAUCAAGGGUACUUUGUGUAUUCUGAGGACGCUGAGGAUAUCAAACGUCAUGCCUUCUUCAGAGAUAUUGACUGGGAUACCAUCCAUCUGCGUCGCCCCCCUUUUGUGCCCCGCGUCAGAGACUGGGAAGAUACCAAGUAUUUUGACGAAGAAGAGCCGGUGUCUGACAUUAACACCGCAACGACACUAGACGAAGAGGUUAUCAGAAGGGACGAUGAAAACCAGAAAACCAGAGGUCUCAGCAAAGACCUGUCACCUCCACCUGCUGCUACUACGAGCUCGCAAGUGAGCCACCACCAACAGGAAGACCAAAACAUUGUGCCCUCCACUGCGUUAAAGGUGCCCCAGCAGGCUGACGGCCCCAAUCCAGAGAUUUUUCUACGUGCGGAAGACAGCAUGAAUGACAUGAGAAACCCUCUUUUAGCACCACAAAAUCCUGCGGUGCCAUCCAAGCUUUGCGUGCCUAGCCCUGGAAGUCCUGUUGCGGACAAUGGCUUCCAAGUUGACGGUCCGACAGAACGCGUAUCUGUCCCAGUGAUCAAAGCACCGCCGAAGAGGAAAGAAAAGAAGCGACCUAGGGACGUAAUCUUGAGGGAUCCAGUCACCGGACCCGAAGCCUUGGAAAUCCGCAAGGCCAGUGCUUUUCUUGGUUACGACUAUCGACAGCCGAGGACGGUGCAGGAUAUCAUUGAACAAGUGAUCGCCGAGGAACUCACAAGCAGUCGAGCAAAAGACAACAGGUACGGACUUGACCAGGAUGAUCCUGAUUUGUCCUCGGAGAAGAGGAUGUUUGUUGAAGCUGGAGGGCAUUUGUCGUCACCACGAAGAGUAGGCGGGCUGCUGUAA